CCUUAAUUUUGUAUAUAACCUGGUUUCUUCCAACCUUUCCCACCACAGUCUUCUCCCACAUCUCACCCUGCUCGCUGCAGGGAGAGGGGAUAAAGAAGAAGACCACAGGCGCCCGCUGCACCUAGGCACGGCCCUUAACAUAAACUAUAUAUAUCCCCCAUCAAUUAAUUAAUGGAACCCAAGUCAGACAGCGUGAUCAUCACCAUCGCCGACAGCAACAAGGGUCCGGGUCCUACUCCUACGGAUAUUAUUGAUCAUACUAGUAUCAAGGAAGCGGCUCAUGAUCAUCAAUCUGAUGAUCACCAUCAUGAUGUGGGCGCCACCGCAGCCGCAGCACCUGCACCUAAGAAGAAGCGUAGUGGAGGAGCUAUGCACAUUCUCCAGUUGGCCCUCUUUAUGCUCCGACGACGACAUCGUUCAGAUGGAAAAUCCAAACCCACCUCCUUCGAAGCUCAAGCUCAAGCCAUGGUCUCAACAAAAGGCACGUGGAAGCGCCUCGUAGGGUCCAUCCGCCCCUUGCACCUCCAAACCACCAGCAACCCCACUCCGCCAUCCUCCGUACACACAAGUGAACGAUACGAGGACGUGCUCCCUCCACCCAUGUCUCCGGCACGAACCGACGACCUCGCCUCCGAAGAUGGCAUGUCUAGCCGAUACGCCUCUGCCGUCAAUCUCCAAGAGCUAGACCGCACCGACGAAGACAACGACAACGCCGCCAUCGUCAACGCCAACAUUGACGCAAAGGCGGAGGAGUUUAUCGCUCAAUUCUAUCAACAGAUGAGGCUUCAACGCUUGGAUCGCUUGGAUUCCGUCCAUAUCCGUUACGACGACACCAUUCCGAGGUCAACCAGUUGAGAUCGAUCCAUCCGUCUACCUAGCUAGUACUACAAUAUGCAUGCAUACAUAUACAAAUCCAUGCCCGCAUAUAUCAUGCAUGCAGGUAUAUAUGUACGUUGCUUCGCCUUCGCCUGGGUCAUGAUAUAUAAGCGCUCCCUGCCACAUCCUCAGUAUGCAUGGCUGCAACUCAACUAGGAAAGGACAUGCAUGCGCAAAGGAAAGCAUGGACUUACGUACAACCUUCAUUUGCAUGCAUUCACGCUGGCUAACUUGGGUUCCUUAAUUAUACAUAUGUAUAAGUACCCAUAUAUAUAUAUAUAUAUAUAUAUGUGGGCUACGUACCUAAUUAUAGCUAGCUAGCUAGCUAGCUGGUGUGUUUAUUGUACGUAAUUUCAGAAACCAAAAAAAGAAAAAUAAAAAAGAAAAGUUUGAAUAAUGUUCAAUCUAUCUUUUAUUUGAUUUAAUAUAACUUUGGUACCAAUUAUAGUCUGCGACUGCGAGGUGCACUGCUGGGAAGUCCAAGUCCAUGUAUAAUAUGAGAACGUAUUUUUCUUCGCAUUUACGGGGGUUAUUGAGUGUAGUCCAAAGACUCAUGUUGUUGGGUCCUGUCCUGUCCAUGAUUGUUCUUUGGUUGGGCUUGGAAUCAAAAGACGUACGGAGAUAGAUAAA